GAGCCUGGUGAGGGCGAAGGGGGAGAACUGGGUGAAGGGGAGGAGCCUAUGGUUGAUGACAUCACCUCCACAGCAGAGAAGAGGAGAGAAGUGUGGUGCAUGGCUCACCAAACAGAUGACAGAAACCUUCUUUCAACCCAAGACGGAUACAGCACAUCUGAGGUUUUGAUCGUAACCUCCAAUGGGUCUCCUCCGGACUAUGUCCACACCAACGUGCUGCUGGGGCUGGACCUGCACUCCACACCGCAGUACAAACCAGGCCAACCAGGGCCAGAUCUGGGGAGUGUGUAUGAGGUGGUGGUUGUGCAGGGUAAAGGUUUGAAAGAGGAGAUGGAUGCAGGGGCGAUGGCGUGGGCGACUGCGCCAGGGGAAGGAAUGGCGCGAGCUAAUGCGGUGGUCACGGCCUUCAGGUUCAUCAUGAAGCAAAGCUACAUCUGUGCUCUCAUUGCAAUGAUGAAAGAGGUGCCCUUCCGGGAACUGGGCUCCAAGGUGCUGUGCCUGCUGAGUUUCUGGCUGCUGCUGAGACAGGCGUUGACAGAGAGGAAGGAGAGCCAGAGAGAAGAGGAGGUGCUGUCGGACAUCAGGGUCAUCCAUACCCACAAGAAGGAGGACAAGGAGGUGAUGGGUGAGAGCGGUGGACACAGAGAGAUGAUGCAGGUGCUAGGCAACACGCUCCUGGCCAUGUUGAACAAGUACUGGAUCUACAUCUGCGGCGGCAUGUUCUUCUUCGUCAGCUUCGAGGGACGCAUCGUCAUGUACAAGAUCAUCUACAUGAUGCUGCUCCUCUUCUGCGUGGCCUGCUACCAGGUGCACUAUGAGUGGUGGAGAAGCAUGCUGAAGUACUUCUGGAUGUCUGUGGUGUUCUACACCAUGCUGGUCCUCAUCCUGGUCUACACCUUCCAGUUUGACUCCUCCAUCCACGUCUGGUUCAACAUGACCGGCAUGAGCAAGGACAAACUGGAGGACCUGGGUCUGGAGAAGUUCUCUGUCCCGGCUCUGUUCACGAGGAUCUUCAUCCCCACCUCCUUCCUGUUGGUCUGCAUCCUCCACCUGCACUACUUCCACCAGCGCUUCCUCCUGCUCACUGACAUCAAGACGGUGGCCGACAAACAGAAAAGCACGAUCACCAGGCUGGUGCACCUAGAUGGCAGUCUGGCAGAUAUCUCUCUCAUCAAACCCACCCUCACUGUGACCACCAAAGACGAGGAGGCUGGGGAGAAGGUGCAGCUGGAAGAGGAAGAUGGGAAGGAGGAGGAGGAGGAGAAGAAGAGAAGUUAUGAGGAGGAGGAGGAGGAGAAGAGGUAUGAAGAACCCCUGGAGCACUGCAGCAAGGCGGAGUUCCUGUUCGACGAGAUGUCAG